AUGCUGAGAGCGUGGAGAAAGGCAUUGGAUGUCGAUGGCUCCAUGACACUUCAGCGCUCUGAGCUUUUCAAGGCGGUGAAGAUGUUGAACUGGAAGGGCAACUGCCGCGCCUUGUGGCAAGCACUCGAUCAUGAUGCAAGUGGCAUCACUACCAUCGAGGAGUUGGACCCUCAAUCUGCACAGUUGCUGGCUUAUUUCCGUGAAUGGGCCUUGAAGACGAGCCCUUCCAAGAGGCGGGUGGAGAGCCUAUGGUACCUUUAG